AGGUCACUAUAGCCAGCGGCGCUCGGUGCCAGUUAAUGCGAGCCAUACCCGAGGAAACGAGCUCCGCGAAUUCUGAAGGCACCACUUAGGUUCACUCGACUUUUACGAUCAGACUUAAUGAUUCUGCCUGUUCCGGUUCACCUAACCAUGCGUUAUUUCUUGAUUUCAGUACGUCAACAAGCCUCUUCAAAACUCCUCAUAACAGGAGCGAACAGGUCACCGAUUACAGGACCGUCAGCAGUCUCAGUCCAGUUUUCAAUCCAUCUGGAACGUCACUUGCGCUUACAAAAGCGUAAGCUAACGCUAUCCGAGCUUGACACUCUUCAUUCGUGCUCCCCGCCGUUGUUAACAUGAACCCCUUCAAUGGAGAAGGAAGACAUGGACCAGUAGCAGAAUAUACCGGCUCUUUCAAUGUCUCCUUCAACGAAGGAUUCGGAAGAGUCGAAGACCAGGGGUCUCUCUCGGGUUCCGAGGACGAUGCUGGAUAUCUGUUGUAUCCGGACGCAAACAAGAUGGACACAGACACCGACGACGACGCAACCACCUCCCUGACAUCCCAAACCUUGAAUGCGGAUGGCACACCUAAGCGUCCCAUGAAUGCAUUCAUGAUUUUUGCUCGCAGGAGACGACCCCAAGUUUCCGCGGAAAAUCAAUCAAUGCGAACAGGGGAUGUCAGCAAAGUCUUAAGUCGAGAAUGGAAUACUAUGGACAUGCCCGAGAAGCAGUUCUACCUUGAUCAAGCUAAACAGCUGAAGGAUCAUUUCAAUCUCAAGUACCCGGAUUACGUUUACAGACGGAGGCCGAACAACAGCCGUAAAAAGCGAAGAGCAGACUCCACAGGCGCGGCUGCAGAGUCUGCUUCCACCAUCGACUCAGCCGACGAUCAGUCUUCUAAUCCGGAGUAUGGCGAGAUCUCUCCUGUCGAAUACCAUCAUGAUUCUCAAGAAAGAUAUGAGAGCAGCGGACCAGAGGUCUGUGCAUCUGCGGAAGCCACAUAUCAUGACGAUGCUUCCUACUUGCCCCCGGCGCGGGCGCCAAGUUACCAACAGGCCCAUAGUGGAAGUGACAGACGAGUGCCGUACUUGUCCUCUCAUGGGCACGUUACGCCUGAUGUCGUUAUGGGACCGUCCACGUCCGCACCCCGCGGAUCAACGAGUCCUGCUUAUUUUCCCCCUUUCGUGCACAAUGCGCCCCAUGCACCGCCUGGCUCUUACUUCCCAAGUCAGGGUGGAAGCGAAAGGCAAUGGCACCUUUCCAGUCGCUCCAGUCGAGACGAUUUAGGACGCAUAGCCGUCCAAUCUUGGUCGCAGGGUGGUUCAGAACCGUCUCCACAGGCUGGAGAUGACAGGCACCGCCAGUUCCAAUCAGCUCAGCCAUCACCAUCAUGGGGUACUAGCCCAUCGGAGCCGCUAGCUUCGAACAAUCCAUCGGUCCAUUCCUCGAGCUACGGCUUUCCCACGCUAAACUCUCCUUUCUAUCCGCCUCAGGGCAGUACCCACAACGUUUAUUCAGCCCGACACUCCCCCUCACAAUUGUCUGACGUUUCUCACCACUAUGGUGCUGUUGACCACAUUCAAGGGAGCUCAGCGGCAUCCAGGCAAGAGGUUGCAUACCACGGUCACCAUUAUUCCCCAGUUUCUACAAUGCCAGCGGGAUAUCCGCAAAGUAGUGGCUCAACCGUGCAUCAAUACCAUAGUACACAAUCUCGGAAUAAUCUUCUCUCGGCACCAUUGACACCUGUGCAGUCAAUGCCGGUAUACUCGCACACGCCGUCAAUGAACACAGCUUCCCCCGCUGGAUCGGAAACGGACUCUGCCCCUCAACUCUAGUAGUGCACUGAACCUUGUCAGACACCUGUAGAAUCUGACGGAUGAUCCCUUAUGCGUAGACGCCUGGUCAUACGGGGUUCCAUUUAUCUUUAGUUCAUCGUUCAUGUCACUCAGCUUCAUACGGGGUUCCAUAUAUCUUUAGUUUACCGUUCACGCUACUCAGCUUAUUUGGUAUCGCCCUGACACUGUUCUCGCGCUCUUCGCAUAUCGCAUGUUUUUGUUUUGUUCUGGUUUAAAGUUACCCGCUUUAUACAUCAUCGUC